AUGCACAAAUACUUCAUUCUAUUUCUUGCACUAAUAGUUUCCUUCCAUGAUUGCAAUCUUACCCAUGCAAGGAAGAUCAAAAGAAAGCCAUUGAACACAAACAUUGAAAAAAAUAAUCCCCAUCCUAUUAUUCCUACCCUUCCACAACCCAAAUCCAGUGUUAAUAACGUUCCUGGUCAUGCUCCAUCGUCAAACAAACACAAAAUGACACCAAAUAAUGGUAUGAAGGCAAUGGUGACAAUUCAACGUCCAAAGAAUGAAGUUUCUACAAAUGGGGUUGGUCCAGGUCCUAGCCCUAGUAUUGGUCACAAGAAAUCUAAUAUUAUGAAAUCAAUGGGAGCAGUAGAGAAUCGAGAUGCUAAUAAUAAUAAGGUUUCUGUGAAUGGAGUUGGUCCUGGUCAUAGUCCUGGUGUUGGUCACAAGAAACUUGGCAAGGUUUCCAUCAAUGGAGUCGGGCCGGGUCCUAGCCCCGGUGAUGGUCACUAA